GCAGGUUGUGUUAUUUGUAUCAAAACAUUUAUACUUCUUUCCCUCAAAUCGAGAAAAGCAAGUUCAUUCAUAUUUGUUCAGUUUCAUAUGGCAUGAUGACAUGUUAUUCUUUACCGAUUAGUAUUUAUUAUGUAAAAUGAUGUUGACAUUUAGUAGGCUUGGACCUUUUUGUGAUGGUGAAUCUGAAGAUGGCAGUCUUACGACAGCAAUCGUCGUGUUAUUUUUUUGCUAGUCAUCUUUGACCCGUGUUCCAAGUAGUGACAUGCAUCAUUAACCCUGUGCCCAAAAUUUGAACUGAAUGCCUACCUGUUGAAAAGCAUUUGCAUUUUUAAUAUACUUGAAAACUGAAUUUUUUUUGCUACCACUAAUUUGAAAAAAUGAGAUUAUUGUCUUGUAAAAUUUUGUUCAACCAAGGAAAUUUGAAGUAUGUGCAACCCUCGGUUGUGGUGCAUCAAAAGAGAAACAGGUCAAAUAAGAAUUAUGAUUAUCAGUAUCUUCAAAGGAGUAAGGUACCUACAUUACAUUUCCAAGCUUCUCUGCCAAGACUUCCAAUUCCUGAACUUGAGAAAACUUGUGAACGUUAUCUAGCAGCCCAGCAGCCGUUACUGUCCCCACAAGAAUAUGCGAAUACUCAAGCGAUUGUCACUGAGUUCAAGAAAGGGGAGGGAUUGUCACUUCAGAAGAAACUGAAGGGCUGGGACAGUAACAACAAGCACACAAGUUACAUUUCUGAACUUUGGUUUGACAAGUAUCUGCGUGACAGAGUUCCACUCCCCAUUAACUACAACCCACAAGUUGUCUUCGUUAAUGAAAAAAAGCCUGGUUAUGGUACCCAACUGAUCCGUGCAACCAACAUGCUUAUUUCAUCGCUCAGGUUCUUUAAGUCUAUCCGGGCUGGGCUUCUGGAACCAGAAGUAUUUCACCUUCAUCCGAAGAAGAGCGACACCGAACUUUUCCGGACAGUGACGCGUCUCUUGCCACCUUCACUUUCUUGGUAUGGAGCUUAUCUCUUUGGGGCUUUUCCACUCGAUAUGUCCCAGUAUGGAAGUUUGUUCAAUACUACAAGAAUACCAAAACUUGACAAAGAUCGUCUCUUUCAAAAUGAAUCUGCCAAGCACAUGGUAGUCAUGAAGGGAGGAAAUUUCUACAUUUUUGAUGUUUUUGAUAGAGACGGUAACAUUCUGCCACCAUCAGAUCUUUUGGCCUGCUUGAAGUACAUUUUGGAUGAUACGGCUCCUCCUGCCGAUUACCCCGUUGGAGUGUUAACGACUGAGAACAGAGACGUUUGGGCUAAAGCACGGCAGCAUUUAGAAAGUAUAGGCAAUGCUGAUAUAUUUUCUUUAAUUGAUUCAGGCAUCUUUACGUUAUGCUUUGACGAUGCUGAAAUUGCUGGUGAUCUUCAAUUUUUGCUGCGCCAUUUUUUGCACAGCGAUGGAUGCAACAGAUGGUUUGAUAAGUCCUUUUCGAUGCUUAUAACCAGAGAUGGAUAUGCUGCACUAAACUUUGAACACUCAUGGGGUGAUGGAGUAGCUAUCCUUCGGUAUUUGCAAGAUAUGUUGGAAGACAGUUCAGACAAUCCUCAGAUUCAUCCAGACACCAAGCCAUCAAACUGCAGACCAGAGACAUUGGUCAAAAGACUAGAUUUCAGACUUGAUGAUAAAGCAAAGGCUUAUGUAUCUCAAGGUAAGAAAAACUUUGAGGCAUUCUGCAGUUCCCUGAACAUAAGUUACAUUGAAGUUCUAAAUCAUGGCAGGAAGGACUGUAAGAGAUUUAAAGUUAGUCCAGAUUCGGUCAUGCAACUAGCUUUUCAGAUGGCAUUCCACAAACAACUGGGGAAGACUGUGGCUACAUAUGAGUCUAGUAGUACAGCAGCCUUCAAACAUGGAAGAACAGAAACUCUGAGACCGUGCACAAUGGCUACAAAAACAUUCUGUGAAGCUGUGAAUAGCUCUAACAGACCAAGUAAUUCAGAGUUAGCUGCAAUGAUUAAGAAGUGUUCAGAAGUUCAUGUUGCCCUCACAAAAGAAGCUGCUAUGGGUCAAGGAUUUGAUCGUCAUCUGUUUGGACUUCAUAGAUUUUCAGAGCAAGAUGGAGGAAAGUUGCCUGCAAUCUUUCGAGAUCCAGCGUACACUAACAUAAAUCGCAAUAUAAUUUCCACUUCCACACUUACGUCACCUUCAGUCAGAGCUGGAGGGUUUGGGCCUGUUGUCAAGGAUGGAUAUGGUGUAGCGUAUGUACUACAGCAUAUGGGAUGAAAGUUUAGGAGCUGUUGUCGCCAGCUACCCUCCUGCAAGAGAUGGUGUUGGCUACGUGGACUGCUUAAGAAUUGCCUUUGAUGAUAUCUUUGAGAUCUUAAAGUCCUUAAACCAAUGAAAUGAAGACGAUUGGUAUGGUCAGGGUAAUUUUCAGUUUAAAAGUAAGAUAUGAAUUAUUUUAUUACCUACUUUUUCUUCAGGAUCGUGUAAGUAAAAUAAUAUUGAAGGUGUUGUAGAGAUUAUUUAUAUGACAGGGUGCUACAGUUAACUGAAUAUAUUAUGAAACGCACUAACAGAAUUUUAUACAGGGGCUGUUUUGAAUCCAGUAUCUCCACUUUUACAAUGUAACUUAUUUUGCCUCAACUUAUAACGUACGAUGCUGAGACGACGGAUGUAGUACAGUAAUCCCUCACAAUCUGUAGAUUUCACAUAUCUGGUUUUCCAUUGGUAUCCAAUUUGGGAACUGCUGUAUUAGGUUUUAUGUGUCCCCUGUUGUAUACAUACAGAAAUAACAGUUUCUGCGUAAAGGGAUCCACAUUCGUGUGGGCAGGCCUGUAAUGGUGAUCCAAUAUUUUUCUAGUGCCAAUAUUAUGCCUUUUACGUGUAUUUUUGACCCUUUUUAAUAUUUUAUAUAUAAUUUAUUUUUAAAUGUUAUUGCAUAUUUUGUGUUUGAGAAUUUACAGCUGUAAUGGUUUCCCCCGACUCCCAAUUUCCCAUAAAGCCUUGGUAUUGCCAAUUACAAUUUCCCAGCCAUGUUCUCUUUUAUUAUUAUUUUUUUGGGAACACAAGGUACUGUAUUGGAACUGGGGACAGAAAUACUGCCAAUACUACAACACUUUCAUUAUAUAUUAUGAAAUAAUAUUGUAUGUCAUGUCUAACACUUGAUAUCAAUAAAAAUAAACCUUACCACUUCCAUUGGUUUCAUGGUUUAACAUUUACAUACACAGUUAAUGUAGUGUAGCAUGACAUCCAACUCUUUUCUUUUUUUGUAAAAUAAAUUAAUGUAUUUGACAUACAAAUAAAAGUUUUGAACUGCAA